CGGCCGCCUGAGAUCUGGGAAUCGGGCCUCUCGCGGCGCCCUGGCGGCGGCACGGAGCGUUGCUCCGCGCUGGAUUGGUGACGCCUGGGGCCCGCGGGCGCCUGCGCAGUGGUCAGAGCCGCGCUCGCGCCGAGGGUCUGCUGAGUGACCGCGGCUGCUCCACCGCGGACGCCGCGCCAUGGCGGAAGAGGAGCUGGAGGCUCUGAGGAGGCAGAGGCUGGCGGAGCUGCAGGCCAAGCACGGGGAUCCUGGCGAUGCGGCACAACAGGAAGCAAAGCACAGGGAAGCAGAAAUGAGAAACAGUAUCUUAGCCCAAGUACUGGAUCAGUCAGCCCGGGCCAGGUUAAGUAACUUGGCACUUGUAAAGCCUGAAAAAACUAAAGCAGUAGAGAAUUACCUUAUACAGAUGGCAAGAUAUGGACAAAUAAGUGAGAAGGUAUCAGAACAAGGUUUAAUAGAAAUCCUUAAAAAAGUAAGCCAGCAAACAGAAAAGACGACAACAGUGAAAGUAAGUGUCCCCAGAUGCUCGUGGCAAAUGAAAAGAUGGAUCCUCUAAAGAUUAAUGUUGAAUAUACAUCUGCCACAACAUAUUUUUUAGCUCAGGGCCAUUUUCAUAUUGUAACGUGAAAACUAUCGGGGGAGGGUUGCAGUUUUUUAAAGCCUGUUGACUCCAUUCCCAUCCUUUUAGUUCACGUUAAGUUGCUUUAAAGACACAAAUGUCGUGCUAAAAUGGGUAGAAAUUUUCUUUUCUUGGAAAAUUUGAGUUAUGCUUUUAGAAAUGUUCUGACACUCAUUUAAUUUUCC